AUGGAACUGUACGGAGAGUUGUACGACUAUGAUGAUUUAUUUUUUAACGAGAACAAUGUUACCUCGAGGGAGGAAGCGUUUUAUGAAGAAAAAGAUUAUUUUGUCGAUGAGAUGAAUUACAGUAAUAAGUUUAUAAACAGUUACAAAAAUACAGAAAAUGAGAAUUAUUUGAAAAGUAUUGAAAUAGAUAUAAAGAGCAAUUUAGAAAAAGUGUCUACAAAAUACUUAUUUUUAUAUAUUAAUAAAUUUAAGGAAAAGAAUAUAAAGAAGGAAAACAAUUUGUAUGUUUUAAAUAUGUACGAUAUACAUUUAAAAAAAGAUAAGCUCAACGUGUUGGAAACAGAGAACAAUAUCGUGGAGUACUGUUUGACAGAGUUAAUAAAUGGAGGUAGAAAGAGUAACGUAAAGGGGGGUCUAAAAAAGGGCAUCAUGUAUUAUGAUAGUACUGUCCAGUUAGGGUGUUCACAUAUUGGAAAUGAGGAUGAUGAGGAGGAGCACGAACAGGAAAAGCUAGGUUAUGAGGAGGAAGAACAGGAUUAUGAUGUGGGUGAGGUUAAAGCACGUGGGUAUGGUAAAGAGCAGAGCAGCGAUGAAGAUGAAAAUAACAGUAGCAAUGGCAGUGCGCGCACGAAGGAGUACUACUUGCGCAGAAUUUACCAAGUUGUUCUGAAGUACUUCCCGUUCAGCUUCAAGCUGUGGUAUAACUACAUAAGAGAUAGCAUAGAGAUGAUAAAGGAUGUCUAUUACGAUAACAGAAGAGAAUAUGAACAAGUGAAUGCGAUUUUUGAAAAGUGUCUAUUAUAUAUGUACCAUUUUAAGUCCAUCUAUAUUAUGUACAUUCAAUUUUUAUAUAUUCAAAGGAAAGUUCAAAAGAUAAGAGAAGUAUUCAAUCGCUCUUUACAGAAUGUUUUUUUAAAUCAACAUGAAGAUUUAUGGUUUUAUCAAUUAGAAUAUAAUGAGAAAAUAAACAAUAAGUUAAUUAAUUAUGAAUAUAUUAAAAGAUAUAUAACAAUUUAUCCUGAACAAGUCAUAUUUUUAUUUGAUCAUUAUGUAAAAUAUAAAAUGUAUAAACAUGCAAUAGGUACUUUUUUUUAUAUACUUAAUUGUGAAGAGGAGACGUUAGAUUUAGGAAAUAAAUCAAAAUAUGAUUUAUAUAAAGAAAUAUUUAAUUUAAUUAGUUCAGCUAAAGUUUUAAAUAAUGACGUUAUGGAAAUUUUGAAAAAAAAUAUAAAUAUUUUUAAAAAUUAUGAAAAUGUUACAUCUAUUUUCAUUCUAUUAGCAAAUAAUUAUGUGUACGAGGGUAGAUGGAAUAAGGCUAUGGAUUCAUAUGAAGAGGGGAUAUCAGAAUGUUACACAGUUAAUGACUUUUCAAUUCUUUUUGAAAACUACAUUGAAACGUUGAAGGUGUUGAUAGAUUUGAAAAUAAAUCAACAAGAGGAAAAAAGGAAUACUAGCACAAGUGAUUUAUAUGUUGAAGAGGAGAAAGAAGCAAUAGACAAUGAACUAAUUUCAGAGGGAAUAAAACCAAAUGAUGAUUUUGUAAUCGAUUUGUAUAUGGAAAAAAUAAACUACCUUUUGGAUGUAAGGAAAAUAUUUAUAGCUGAUAUUAAACUGAAAAACAAUAAAAAUAAUGUGUACAUAUGGUUAAGCAAAAUUGAUGCAGUUGCAAAUGAUACUGAUAAAGUAGAUCUCUUCAACAAGUGUUUAAUACAUUUUGAGCAUAAUGAAUACAUAGGGAGAUUGAGUGAUGUAUAUAUUAGUUAUGCAUACUACUAUUAUAACAGGAACAAAUAUGACGAAUCUGUAAAGGUUUUCCAUAGAGCUAUAAAAGAAAAAAAUUUCAAAAAUGUCAACGAAAUGGCAAAUAUAUUUUGCUCAUGGGUUGAACUAGAAUUACUGCAAGCAAAUUACAAGGAAGCGUUGAAUGUAGCCAGGUUGGCUAUUGAUAUUGGCAGAGGAAAAUCCUUUAAAGGGAAAGCAGAAAAUGGAACUACAUUUAAUGUGCACAAUACUAGUAGAAGCGGGGAAAACAAUGCAAUCAGUAUUUACAGUAGAGGUCUACGGGACAGUACUGAUGGCGAUGUGCUCGCACAUACCGAGUUUAACCUUCUAAACUCAACCAAAUUGAUGUGCUUAAUUCUUGAUAUGGAAAUAAAUUACGGCACAGUUGAAACGUCCAUAAGCAUGUUUGAUGUUUUGUAUCAUGCAAAAAGUAUUACUGUGAAAAUGGUUUUGUCCUUUGCUAAUUUUCUGUACACACAUAAAUACUUUAAUGAAUGUUUUAAAAUUUACGAGAAAGCUAUUUCUAUAUUUCACUACCCUUAUUUAUACCCCAUUUAUGCCAAUUAUAUUAAUAAAUACAUUGAGAGAUAUAAAGACAAAAAUAUUUCAUAUGUGCGUGAACUGUUUAAACAAGCUAUUUAUGGUAUUGACAACAAAACGUAUAUUCCAAAAGAAUUUGCUAAGUAUAUUUUUUUCAUGUAUGCUUUAUUUGAAGAAAAUUAUGGCUUUUUGAAGAAUUCACUGAGUAUUUAUAAAGAGGCUAUUCCCUUUCUGGAGGAAAAGGACAAAGCUACAUUUUAUAAGAUGUUCAUUUGGAAGAUAUCCAAAUCCUAUGGAGUUCACAAAGCCAGGGAAGCAUUUGAGGAGGCUAUUCAAACGCUAAAGGAUGACGAUUUUACUAAUCCAUUGGCCUAUUCGAAGUUUUACCAGGUUGCAAACCUUGACACAAUGAGCGUUAAGAUUGAUUGGAGAGAAUUUGAAGCAUUGCAUGGAAACGAGCACACCUUCAGAGACAUGAUAAGAAUAAAAAGAAGCGUCCUAAGCAUAUUUACGAGUUCGCACAGGGGAGUUAAGGAGAUAGAAAAAGACGAAAACUCGAACUUGAACGUAAUAGAAAACACGAAGAGGAUACUGCAGGAAAUGAUUGAAAAUGAAGAGAGGCUUCAAAAAAAAAUUAAAAAUGGCUAA